AUGGCCGAUGUCAAGGAUGAGAUCGAGACGAGCAGCAAAGGAACCGGACCUUCGUCCAUCAAAUUUCCAAUGUUAACUUCCUCUAACUACACCGUCUGGGCUAUGAAGAUGCGGAUCGCCCUUAAAGUCAAUGAAGUAGGAAACCUCGAGACAGCCAAAACCGUUUGGGAUGCAAUUCAAGCCAGACACGUUGGAGCCGAGAGAGUACGAGAUGCUCGAUUGCAAACACUUAUGGCAGAUUUUGACAAGCAUAAAAUGAAGGAAGAUGAUAGAAUCGAUACCUUCAUCGGCAAGCUAGCCGAAAUCUCAUCAAAAACAGCUUCCCUUGGAGAGGUUAAUGAAGAACCAAAGCUUGUGAAGAAAUUCUUGAAAAGUUUGCCAAGGAAAAAAUAUAUUCACAUGGUGGAAUCACUUGAACAAGUUUUGGAUCUCAAUACAACUAGUUUCGAAGAUAUAAUUGGGAGGUUGAAAGCAUAUGAGGAAAGAAUAGCGGUGAAGCUCAGCAAGAAGGUUAUGGUAGAGGAAGAGGACGUGGAUGACGAGGUAAUUGGAGAGGUGGAAGAGGCCGAGGACGUUAUGGAGGCUUCUACGCACAAAGGGAAGCAUAUAAGCAAGGACAAAACAGAGACAAGAUGUCCUGAUGCGAAGCUUAAGCUGCAAGAAACCGUUGAGAAGAAAGUAGAAGACACACAAGAGGCUGAUGAAUUGAUGAUGCAUGAAGUGGUUUAUCUCAAUGAAAAGAAAGUGAAACCUAGUAUUUUUGAGGACGAAGAGAACAUGGAGAACGUGUGGUACCUCGACAAUGGAGCUAGCAAUCAUAUGAGUGGGAAUAGAAUGUUUUUCUAUAGUCUUGACAAAGGCAUUACGGGAAAGGUUCGACUUGGAGACGAUUCACGAAUAGAUAUAAAGGGAAAAGGUUCAAUCAAGUUUGUGCUGAAAGGAGGCGAGAAGAAAACCCUGAGCAAUGUAUAUUACGUACCUGGAUUACGAAGCAAUAUUGUGAGCUUGGGGCAAGCCACCGAAGCAGGAUGUUAA